GUUUGUAAUCUUUGUUCUGCGGUAUUAAUUGGUUCUCAACAACAAUUUGUUGAUAAGUAAUAUUUUAUCAAACUAAAAUAAAACGUCCUGGCAAAUAGCAGUUGUGGAAGCGACCAUUUAUAUUUAAAAACUCUGUUUUAAAACUAUUAUAUAAUCCUGAUGCAGUGUCGCCAUCCUAACGGGAUGAAAAACAGCUGUUUGUCGUUUCUAACAAAAAUAACAUAAGGGGUGACAACGGUUGAGCCAAGUAACUGAUAUUUUUUAAAAGAUGUGAGCGAUACGUAAAAUUAGAUCGAAUUGAAGUUAAACCGAGUGUAUAGUUUUCAAUUAUGGACGAAAAAAUGUGUAAUAUAACCAACAAUGUGAAUCGCGAAGGAGGCAAAAGUUCUGAACAGGAGCUGGCGAAUCGAAUUUUUAGUGUGGAAAGCGAUGAUGAGCUGAAGCCGAUUAAUACGGUUGAAAAUGCUGAAAUCUGGCUAAAUGAUGGGAAUUGUGCUGAUGAUUUAGAUGACGAUCUAGAGACGGUUAAUAUAGGUGACUUCUUUCAUAGAGUGGACAGUGAUCAAAUUAUUUAUCAAGUGAAAAAGAAACGCUUAAAACUUAUCGGGAAGUAUGUAAUGGGAGAUAUGUUAGGGGAGGGUUCUUACGGGAAAGUGAAAGAAAUGUUGGACUCUGAAACUCUUUGUAGGCGGGCUGUGAAAAUAUUUAAGGAAAGAAAACUAAGACGAUUACCAAAUGGAGAACAAAAUGUACAAAAAGAGAUAGUACUGUUACGGAGGCUGCGUCACAAAAAUGUAAUCCGGCUAAUAGACGAGAUUCGGAAUCACGAGAAGCAGAAGCUCUAUCUGAUUUUAGAGUUUUGUGUUGGAUCACUUCAGGUCAUGUUGGAAUCCGCUCCCGAAAAACGGCUGCCGGUGAGACAGGCUCAUAGGUAUUUCUCCCAGCUUAUAGAUGGUCUCGAGUACCUUCACGGUGCCCGGGUCGUCCAUAAGGAUAUCAAACCCGGCAAUUUGCUCUUAACGUUGGAGCAGGUACUUAAAAUAUCGGACUUCGGCGUUGCUGAGACCAUAGAUCUUUUCGCCAAAGAUGACACGUGUUUCAUAGGUCAGGGGUCCCCUGCUUUCCAGCCGCCAGAGAUCGCCAACGGGGCAGAGUUUUUUCCCGGUUUCAAAGUGGACAUUUGGAGUAGCGGAGUGACGCUAUUUAACCUCGUCACAGGAAAAUAUCCAUUCGAAGGCGACAACAUAUACAGGCUAUUCGAAAACAUCGGCAGGGGCGAGUUUACGAUCCCGGGGGAAAUAGAGGACCCCCUCAGGCAUCUGCUUUUCGAAAUGCUGAAAAAAGAUCCGCAAGAGAGGUACACGCUGCAACAGAUCCGGCAACACCCGUGGUUUAUAAGAAAACCGCCAACGAUAGGCUACGAAGUGCCCAUACCGCCUCUUAAAAAUGACGAGUGGCACAACAUGACAGUAUUACCCUACCUGAUCGAUCACUACUACGACGACUACAACGGGGGCGUGUACUACGACGAGGACGGCAACAUGACAGGGUCGGACGAGCCCCGAUACUUGACGGAACGCGAGCUCAAGGCAGAGGAGAACGAAAAACGCAGCUCGCAACAGUCGAACGGCAACGCGCCAACAAACGAGGGCGGCUCGAAACGUAGCGGAAGGAAAAAACGUCCAAUAUCUUGCAUGACAGUCAGGAACUUUUCAAUGUGCAAGCAAUCGUGACAAUUC